GUCGAAACUUCAAUUUCUUAAACCCUAUUACAAUGCUUCAUCUCUAUGAAGCGCAGAUGAAUAAAAACUAAAAUUUCUAUAUUUCUUUGCCAAUCUUCUUUUCAUCAUACCUCUCACAUUGAUCAUCCCAUCAAAUUUCCCAAAUCCAUAACCUAAUUUCAAUCUCCAAUCAAAAAAUGCUCGGCAGACGAGUGGCAUCGCUACUCUCGGGCUCACUCCGCAGCAUCUGCAGACCCAGCACACCUUCUCCUUUUCAAUCUGCAUCACCCAUGUCGAACUCUCUGCUGAAAUACCCCCAUCCAUGGAAUACCUUCUGUAAUGGCGGAUUUUCUGCGACAAUGAGAGCUUACAGCACUGUAUUAAGCUUAAAUAAUCUGAGAGAUAACCCAGGUGCAACUAAGCAGAAGAAGAGGAAAGGUCGUGGUAUUGGGUCUGGUUUAGGAAAGACUGCUGGACGUGGUCAUAAGGGUCAGAAAGCUCGUGGAACCUACAAAUUUGGUUUCGAAGGUGGUCAGACUCCAUUGCGCCGCCGUCUCCCUAAGCGUGGUUUUAAGAACCCUUUUAGUCUUACUUUUCAGCCAGUAGGGUUGGGGAAGAUUGCCAAGCUUAUAAAUAUGGGAAAAAUUGAUUCGUCGGAGUUGAUCACAAUGAAAACUCUCAAGGAUGCAGGAGCCAUCGGAAAGCAGAUAGAAGAUGGUGUGAGACUUAUGGGACGUGGUGCUGAACAAAUACAAUGGCCAAUCCAUCUCGAGGUGUCUCGGGUAACAGUGAGAGCGAAGGCAGCUGUGGAAGCUGCUGGAGGAUCUGUUCGGAAAGUCCAUUACAACAAGUUGGGUUUUAAAGCAUUGCUGAAGCCAGAAUGGUUUGCCAAGAAGGGAAGGCUACUGCCAAAAGCAGCUCGUCCUCCACCAAAAAUUGCCGAUAAAGUUGACAGUAUUGGGCGUUUACCUGCCCCAACAAAGCCAAUCCCUUUUAUCGUUGAUGAAAAUGUGGCAGCUGCCACUUCAUGCUGACAACGCAAGUCUCAAACCAAAGUUCAUUUUUUGUGUAGAACGAGUUGGUAUACAGCAGUUAAAAUAAUUCUGCUCUGGUCUUUAUCGCCUUUUCUAGGCAGUUUGAGUUUCUAUUAUUGAUUGUGAUUCUAUGAGCAGAUGUACUCUCUUAAAUUAGCAGCUGAGCAUGAUCACUGUAUCUUGAUA